GAUUUCCAGAGCCUCCUGACGGAUGGACAAGCUUCGCAGUGCGUCAAGCUGGUGGUGCAGCUCUUAGAUGUGUCCCUCCUGUGUCGGGCAGAUGAGGUGCUCAAUGCGUGCCAUUCCUUCGCAGUGGGUCAGCACUUCGUCCAAGCCGGGGUGAAGCACGUGGUCUGUGUGCAGGACGACAAGGAGGUUCGCGACAACAGCUGCCGCCUCUUUGCCCGGAACUUCUUCAGCGCCCUAAGGGCGGGUCGAAGCAUCGGCGAGUCCUUCGGGUGCGGGGUUGCUUCCCUGCGCCACAGCUCGGAUGUGAUGUGCCAGAAGGAUGCGGGCUCCUUCGUUCUCCUUCCGGAAGGCGGUGACCACAACGUUGUGCUGGCUGGUGUGGCUGCGACCUUGCCGAGUUCCGCGUCACCGCGCUGGCUUCCUGCACGGGUGGAGGACUUCAUGGGCCGCGAGGUGGACAUCUGGAGGCUGCUGUGCCACUUGAAAUCCAGGCGGCUGGUAACGCUGUCGGGGAGCAAAGGCAUCGGGAAGACGGCGCUGAUGGUUGCUGCCGGCCGAUUUGUGCAGAUGCGGCGCGGGGACAGCUUCCAGGAUGGCUUUCAGGAGGUGUGGCUGGGUUGUGAUAUCCCAAGCAAGAUCUCGCAGAGCCUGCAAGAUCUCUUGCGCGCAUUGCAGGAGUUGCAGGCGCGCGCCAGCUUGAUCGACGACCCGAGCAUACUGGUCCUGGCGGAUGUGCCGAGCGUCUCCUCCAACAACUUGCCUCUGAAGCAGCUCUUGGAGGCCAACGCGAAGGUCCGGCUGGUCCUGGAGGUGGCAGAUGCCUCCCCGAGUUUAAAGGACCAGCUAGGCAGCCUCAAUGUGAAGCCGACGAAGAUGGAGCUGGGUCCGCUUCAGCCUCUUGCGCAGGUUCCGCCGGGUACUGUAGAGCUAGUGUUAGAGCAGGGCCAGCAGCAAGCUCCAUGGGUGGAAACACGAUCAGCCAGGAUCCCGGUGGAGUCGAGCGAGCAGCUCGCCAAUGUGCCAGGGCAAAGCCGUUCCGCUCACCUUCGAAAGCUUGUCUCACAGUAUGCCGAUGCUGAAGAUUUCUAUGCACUCUUCAACUUGCGCCGGUACUCCGAAAUCACGAAGGUAGAGACCAGAAAGAUCAGCCUGCGGUUCCACGAACUCAUGCUCCAAUGGCAUCCCGAUAAGAAUCCACCAGCAAGAAAGGCGGAAUGCGAGAUCAUGACGGUGAAGAUCCAAUAUGCUCGCAAAGUUCUGCUCGACCCAGACCUGAAAAGGCGCUACGACCGCGAGCUUCACAAGCAAGCCGGUACCUGGAGUUACUGGGAUUGGUAUCUCCGUUGGGGAAUCAACGUUGUCUUCAUCGUGGGUGGGGCUGCAUUGACUUUUGGCGGCGGUGUGGCAGCUUUGCAGACGGGUGGCCUCUCUCUGGCUGCUGCUAUUGCAGGAAGUUCCUUGUUCAUGGCUGGGGUCAAAGGCUCGGUGGCUAUGUGGCGAGACGAGGACUGCAGCUGGACAGAGUAUACCAAGGAGUUGGGCGUCGGAGCCCUCGCUGGACUAGCAGAGGGAGCAAUCUCCGCUGCUGGAGCCGGUGCCAUUGCUGGCUGUGCCGGUGCCGGUGCCUGCAUUGCAGCGGCAGGAAUUGGAGCCAGCACAACCGCAGUUGCAAAGCUCAUAUCAGAUGGUGUGGAUGUCGCUGUGACAAAGGGCUGGCUGGGAGAGUCCGUCCGAAAAAACAUCACGAAUUCCAAGACGAGCGAGGACGUCUUCUGCAUUGCAAAUGCAAAGCAGCUCGCACAAACAACUGCCAUCGGGGCAGUAGCCGGCUUUGCUGCACAAGGUGUCGCCACUCAUAUGGCCAAUGCCGCAAAGUCGUCAAACCUUGUGGAUGAUUUCGCCAACGCGGUGUCCGCCGGGGUGAAAGGACAGGACCCGAACAAGCUGGCAGGGCUGUUGCCCGAGAAUUUGGUGCCGCGGCUUCUGGGCAAUGUCGCAGGUGCGUCCGCCGAUGUUGCCAGAGGCACCAGCUUUGCCGAACGAAUCCGCAUCGCUGCGCCUGACGUUCAGAACAUGCUGGUGACCAGGGCAGAGGAGGCAGACUUCAUUCUUUCACGUACAAACCUGCAGAAAGACUUCGCGGACAAGAUCGCUGUGGCCGUGAUGCGCGAAGGGUUCAAGCUCUGUGCCGACAAUUCCCUGCAAGGCGGCUGGGGUGGUCCUGAUUGGGUGCUUCAAUAUGCCAGAGAUGCAAAGAAAACCCGAUUCGGGAUACUGGUCUUGGAAGGGGGUCACGAUUUCUUCCACAGCGCACCAUGCUGCAGCGAGUUGUACACGGCGAAACGGGCAGAUGUGAACCUGACAAAGGUUCACGGCACUUCCAUCAAACGUGGAGAAUAUCUUUGGGUCAUACUGACUGAAGAGGCACGCCUGUUCCUUUGCCGUGCGGCCCGGCCCCUCUACGACUUCGAGUUGGCAGGGGAACCAGGAGCCAACGUGCCCAGCACUCCGCCAAAGAUCGCCGAGGGCUUUGGGCAAGCGUUGGGGGAUCUCAUGGUCCUGGCAGAGCUUCCGUGGAUGCGAGACUUCGAAGGAAACCCGUCGCGCAUCGUCGAUGCGGCCCAAGCGCUGUCG